CUGAUUAUACUAAAAGUUGUGCAAUCUUUUUGGAUAGUGAUCAUAUCUCCUCUUUCAGCGAUCGCAUCGAGCCAAUCGCCUCCUCCACUCUACUCCGAUAUCGAGAAGGGUGUAAUAUUCGAUCCACUACGAUCGUUGUCCAGCACUGCACCAUCCUCCCCAACUAGCCCAGAGUCGCCACCGAUGGCUAUUCAGUACCUGUAUCCUCCUCGCUACGAACCUCCAUCAGUACACGGAUCCAUUUGUCGGGAUGAAGAUAAUCGUUCGGUUCGAUCUCCACCAUCCACCGAAGUCGCCGCUCGCGGUCGUUCCACCAUCACUCAUCGGCCAUCUGUUACCGUAAUCGUCAUGAGUGGAGCGUCCUUAUGA